UUAUUACUCGCUAUCGAAAAACAAUAAAACCAACCUGAAAAAACGAACAGAAAAUCACAGUCGCCAACUAAAAACAGCAUUAUUCUUACGGUUUCAAAAGAUCCAUAAUUUCUCAUUCAAACAUCGUUUCUUCAUCUUCUUUCUUCUUUUCCUCCAUUUUUCCUUUUCCUUCAAUCUUUGACCUUCAUACUUUCUGGUAUCUCGAUCUCUGGUUUAAAACUAAUCAAAUUUUCCAGCCAAAAAAACCAGAGAUCGAAGCACCAUCAACCAUGUUCAAAUCCCAGAACAUCAAAUAAUUCUUAAAAAACACCAUGAAUAAAGGAACACUUUUUGGUAAAUACGAGGUAGGAUGCCUCCUAGGUUGCGGCGCAUUUGCCAAAGUUUACUUCGCAAAAAACAUCAAAAAUGGCCAAAUUGUUGCGAUCAAAAUCAUCAACAAGAAGAAGAUUGUCGGAACAAAUCUCAUGUCUAACAUCAAACGCGAAAUCACCGUUUUAGGCCGUCUCCGACAUCCAAACAUCGUUUGUUUGUACGAGGUUUUAGCGUGCAAGACAAAGAUUUACUUCGUCAUCGAAUUCGCUAAAGGCGGCGAACUCUUCGCGAAAGUCGCUAAAGGCCGAUUUAGCGAAGAUCUAAGUCGAAAGUAUUUCCAACAGCUAAUAUCCGCCGUCGGAUACUGCCAUUCUAGAGGCGUUUAUCAUCGCGAUUUGAAACCAGAAAAUCUAUUGGUCGAUGAAAAUGGUGAUUUGAAGGUAUCUGAUUUUGGUCUUAGUGCUGUUAAGGAUCAGAUCCGACCCGAUGAUGGAUUGCUCCAUACGUUAUGUGGGACCCCUGCUUAUGUUGCCCCUGAAAUUUUGACUAAAAAAGGGUAUGAUGGUGCUAAGAUUGAUGUAUGGUCAUGUGGGAUUAUAUUGUAUGUUCUAACUGCUGGGUUUUUGCCUUUUAAUGAUCCUAAUUUAAUGGUUAUGUAUAGAAAGAUUUAUAAGGGUGAAUUUAGAUGUCCCAAAUGGAUGUCAUUGGAAUUAAAAUUAUUUCUCCAUCGUCUUCUUGAUACUAAUCCAAAAACCCGGAUCACCAUCGAUCAGAUCGUUGGUGAUCCUUGGUUUAAAAAGGGCGGUUUGUUUAAAGAAAAAGGUCCUGAGUUCGAAUUUUCGUUUUAUAAUCAUAACUAUGGUUAUGACAUUGAAAAAGAAAAAUUAAGGUUAGACCAGCCUCAGGAAUGCAGGGAAAGUGAGGGGAGUCGUAAUACAUUACUGAACGCGUUUGAUUUGAUCGCGUUCAGUUCUGGACUCGACUUAUCGGGAUUGUUUAAUGAAUCCUACGAUCCAAUUGUGGAUGGUGACAAGUUUUUAUCGGGAUUACCUGUUGAUAAGAUUAUUGAUACUAUUUGUGAAGCCGCGUGGUCAGAGGGUGUGAAGUUGCUUAAGAGGAAAGAUUGUGUGGUGGACUUACAAGCUUCAAAUGGGAAUUUUAUUGCUAGAGUUGAGAUUAGCCAGCUUACUAAUGAAUUGUUUAUUGUUGAGGUGAAGAAAAAAGGAGGAGAUUCUGUUUAUUACAAUAACUGUUGGAAGAAGAAGUUGAAGCCUAAACUUUCUCAGUUAAUUUAUGAUUCCAAAUCACAGACUUCUCAUGAAGUUCAGUAAUUUACACUGAUUAUAGUAUAUAUUUUGAGUUACUUCUAAUUAUAUAUACUGCUGAAUAUAAGCUAUAUAUUAUACAUAAAUAAAUAAUUCUACUUCAUAUAUGCAACUGCUGGUUGGGACUUGGGUGGUCUAUAAUCAGUAGUAGAGAUGUACAUUAAGGUGUUUGGGGUUUCGGAUAUGAAACUUUUAAUAUGUUAUUUUGUGCAUUUUGUUUAUGCAUCAAAAAUUAAUUAUAUGGUAAAUAGAAUUUAUGAAAAUGUCUUGUAAGUGUUAUUAUUCUGUUUGUUCUUUUACAGUUUGUGGGGUUCUAAUAACAUUCGCCCG